UAAAAAUAUAACCAAAUCAACAAUGGCGAAUGGCGUUUGUCGGACGCCGGGGAAUAUCUUUUAUUUUAAUUCUGUUUUCAAGUGAGACCAAUGUUUUUCCUUUAUAAUGUCAAAACAAGGCAAAAGAAAAAUUACUGUCGAAAUUCCGAAAUCGAAAGACCUAGCCAACAGACCUAGUGUUUUCGAGCGUCUCGGAACCAAGAAAACUAGUGCAAAAAAAACAAGUGAACAUUGUAGACAGUGGGCUCAACACGGAAGUUGCGCUUACGGUAAAAGUUGCAAAUUUGCUGCCACACACACAUUAAUUAGCCCUUCGAAGCAGCGGGCGGCUAAUAAAGACAGUGAACAAAAACGAUUAGUGAAAGAUGAUGCUAAAAGUAGGCUUCAUUCGGCAGUAGUCGUGCGGUCGGGCCGCAGUCCCGAUGGUGAACUUGACAACUGGGACCAAAAUGACCUAGAAUGUGUGGACACAGACGAGCUGGAGAAACGAAGGCUCCAGCUUCAGCGUGAACUCGAAUUGCAGUUAAAGAUGGAAUCUGGAAAAGAUAUGCGGAAAGAAAAAAAGAAGCCUGUGUCGAGCUCCUCGUCUUCGAGGAGCUCCAGCUCUUCAAGCGUGUCUUCUUCGUCAUCUGAUGGAAGCUCAUCUUCCUCUUCUUCUGGACGGGAAGCAAGGCGAAAAACGAAGAAAGGGAAAUUGAAACGAAACUCUAGUUCUUCAUCGGAUGGUGAUGCGCCAGCUAAAAAAAAAAUUGUAAAAAAUGACACUAAAAGAGACAGAAGUGAAACGAAAAAAACAAGUGUUAAAAAAGACGACAGGCUUUUGAAAAAGACUGAUGUCACUAAGAAAAAGCCCUUGACAAAAACAGCUUUAGGUAAAAAAUCACUGUCACCAGGGAAGAAAUCUGGUGGCACUCCACCAAUCUCAUCCAAGAGUCUAUCAAAGGCUGUUGGUAAACAUGGUAAGUCUCCAGCAAAGCGAGACAAAAAGAGUGCUUCCCCACAUUCGAGUAAAGACCGCGAAAAGGACAAAAAAGAAAAAGAGAGAGAAAAGGACAGAGAAAAGGAGCGCGAAAAAGAGAGGGAACGCAGAGGCGGACGCAGCCGAUCGCCCAGAAAAGGUAGGUCUAGAUCACCUCGCCACCCUAAAGACCCCAGACGAAAAGAUAGUUCCGAGAGAAGUAGACCAGUUUCACCGAAAAAGCAAGUAAGACGGGAAGGUAGCACUGAUAGACAUAGAAAACGAUCUCCCAGUAGGGACCGUGAUAGAGGUCGUGAUCACAAAGAUAGAUCAUUAGAAAAAAGGAAAGAAAAGCAUGACGAUAAAGAUAGACACGAUAGAAAGGAUAGAGGCCGUGAGAGAAAUAAAGAGGGUAGUAAACGUGACGACGGCAAGCGUAGAGGGCGUGAUAGGGGCCUAGGUAGUAGAGGGCCAGAUAAAGGUCUUGAAAAACCAAACAAACCUAUGGAAAGACUGCUGCCUAGGCCUGAAGAGCGUUUAGCUGCCCUUGCGGCUAUUUCUAAUAGAGCUCUCGAAACAGAUAAGAACUCAACUACUUCUAAAGAUCGUCAGGAUACACAUUCGGAAAGAGGUGGCCGCAAACAAGAUAGGCUCGAACGCGAUAGGUCAAGUAAAAGAGAUAGAAUUGGUAGUUUGGAUAGAGAAGGAGGUGAUUAUGAAAUGGGUAUGGACCGUAACUAUGACCAUGGUAUGGAUCAAUAUGAAAGAAUGGAUGAUCGCUACGAUGACGGUCCUAGGGACGACGACAGGUCACCGGGUUACGCUAGAGAUAGACAUUACGAUCCCGGAUACGAUAUGCCUGGUCCACCCAGAGGGUAUCCAGAAGAUGAAGAUAGGAUGUAUGCUGACCGCAUGGGUGACCAUCGCGGUGUUGAUAUGGGAUACGACGACCGACGUCCACAUCGCGACCGUUCUUGGGAAGGGCGCUCCGGCUCCAUGGACAGAGAGCGUUAUAUGCAUCCACACAAAGAGUGGGAUAGCGAAGACUAUCGCGGCGGAGAUUGGAGCAGAGAUAGACAUUGGCCCAUGCAUGAACCACAGAUGAACGACUGGGGUGAUAAGGACGCGGAUAUGGAAGGGUGGCAUCACAGAGGCCACCCGUCGGGACCACAUCGCGGUCGAAUGCAUGAUGAUUAUAAUCGUGGUAUGAGAAUGGACAUGAGAGAUAAACGUCGCCUACAGCGGGUGGAGCCGGAGGCCGGCGCCAAGGAGGCCGCGGCCGCCGCCCCGCGCGAGGCCGACGCGGACGAGAAGCCCAUACCGGACGACCUCAGCGAGAUCAGCGAUGAUCCUGAUGAUAUUUUAAACAGAGAAGAUAUGAUGGAUCCAUCAAUGGAUGAAGACAGCCAAGCUGCUCAACCUAUGGAUGAAAGUGUGAAACCUGAUGGUUCAGAAAAAGAGUCUACUCAGGAUACCAGUGGUGCUGGAGAUGAAAAGGAUUCCCCGGGAGCCAAGAAUGAUGAAGAUGUUAAUGAUCUAGACUUUGAAGAAAUAUCAGAUGGAGAGCUGGAGGAGGAGCGAACAAGAGCUGGCCUAGGAGACGCGCUCGGAGUAGAUUGGGCUAGUUUGGUAGCAGACGUGCACCGGCGAGAACAAACCGCUCCCACUGGCGGGGCGCGUGACCGCUGGAAACCUGAACGCGUUCUCGCACGUCUCGGCCUUUCUGUGCACAUGGCGGGCAAAAACACUGUUCAACACAUACUGCAUAAAAAUGCCGAAAGUUUACUUACUCAAAAAACUACCAAGGGUGAACCAAGCUCGGAGCAUCCUCCUGAAAAUGCUCCAGAUCAGAAUGGAAAGCAUGAAGAGGAUGAGAAGCCUGCAGCUCCACCAGAUGUGGAAUCUUUGCAUCCUGUGGCUGCUAUUCAGGUAGCAGUCCAGAAGCGUAAACGCCAGCGCGCCGUUUUAUUCGGAUCUGGCUGCGAGAUCACUCGAGCCCUGAGCGCUCGCCGAGACCUGGCGCUGCGGCGCUACCUGUGCCACCUGCCCGCCGCCGAGCGCACCGGCCACGCCCGCGCCGCGCCCAACCCCGACCUGUUCCACGCCGCCAGGGCUGCCCUCAUGCAGCCAGAGGUUACUGGCUGACGAAGGUGAUCAAUUGAUGUUGCACCUCGUCUAUUUCAUUUGAAAUAAGUGCAAUAAUCGAGACAUGAAAAACUAUUUACUUAU